AAUCUGUACUCAAUAGCUUAACGUCCAAUCUCAAGGGAACGUCUUCCUCUCGUGUUUUUACGUCGUCUUCUUCUUCUGCUUCUGCUUGGACUGCUAGUGCAGUCGCAAGGAGCUGCUCUCAUGGCUUUCGAUCUCUGCCUAAGGUUCUUUUCGUUCUCAAUUUCGAUUCUUUAUUCGAUUUGUUGAAAUGGGUAUCCCUUUGUCUUGAUUUCUCUUUUAUUUAGAUUUUGGACGGAGCAAUUGCAGGUAGCUUUUUCUUCUUGAAAAGGGAUGGGAUUGGAUUGAUAAUUGUCUUUCUUGUAUUUCUUUCGUUGUUUAUAGUCAAAGAGUUAAAUUUUAUUGUUGAGCAAAUGAAAGUUUGUUCUUAUGUCUACUCUGAUACUGAUAUAUUAUGGUCUUGGUGGAAACCAAGUGAUUUGGACCAUUUGUUUGAAUAAAGCUGUUGAAGUCUGGGAUGAAUGAUGGGAAUUCAUUUAAAUUGGGAACGGUCAUCCUAGAACCAAAAUCUGAAUUAGGUGACAGCAUAUUCUUUGACUCAUUCUAUCAUUUGAAGAUGCAUUCCCUGGUUCUGAUUUAAAGAAUUACACAACUGAGAACAGCUAGGGAUUUUAAGCAUUCUUGUCACUUGCGGAGUGUUUAGCUUUGCUGCGGACAUGGAGAGGCUACAUUUGUCAUUUUAUUAUCCACCAUAAGUAUUUGAAGGGACAUCAUGUGCCAUCUUUCAGGAAUAUGUCCACUUUGGCCUCUGUUGCCACAGAAAAGGAGGGAUUCAAAUUACUAGUAACUGCAGGCCCGCGUGCUCAGAAGAUGGUGGGCAUAUGGCUCUUUGGUUCUGCUGCCUGGGUCUUUAGUAUGGUGGUCCUAGGUGGUAUCACACGACUGACUCGAUCUGGUCUUUCAAUGACUGACUGGAAAUUCACUGGGAGACUUCCUCCUCUAUCAGAUGAGGAGUGGCAACAAGAGUUUGAGAAAUACAAGCAGUCACCAGAAUAUAAGCGAGUAAACAAAGGGAUGAGUAUUGAGGAUUUUAAAUUUAUAUACUGGAUGGAAUAUGCACAUCGAAUGUGGGGGAGAGCCCUAGGUGUCAUGUUUGCUUUGCCAUUCUCAUAUUUUCUUCGGAAGGGAUAUAUUACCCUGCGCCUUGGACUAAGACUCUCUGCUCUUUUUGCUCUUGGUGCUGGUCAGGGUCUAAUUGGUUGGUGGAUGGUCAAAAGUGGUUUAGAGGAGCCACCUUCUGAAUAUGUUGAGCCCCGAGUGAGCCCUUACCGUCUUGCUGCUCAUCUUACUUCUGCAUUUGUCAUUUACAGUGGCUUGUUCUGGACCGCCCUUUCUGUUGUAAUGCCUGAACCUCCUGCUGAAUCAUUAGCCUGGGUUCAAGGGGCUGCCAAAGUCAAGAGGCUCGCAAUUCCAGUAAGCCUCAUUGUAGGCAUUACUGUGGUCUCGGGAGCAUUUGUUGCAGGAAAUGAUGCUGGCCGUGCAUACAAUACUUUUCCAAAGAUGGGAGAUGUAUGGAUUCCCGAUGAUGUAUUCGAGUUGAAACCACUUAUACGCAACUUCUUUGAGAAUACAUCGACAGUGCAGCUUGACCACCGUAUCCUUGCGACUACCACUUUAAUCUCUAUCAGUGCUUUGUGGUGGUCAUCCAGAAAGUUGGACAUCCAUCCGGCCAUUCGAUCUUUGGUUGGAAGCACACUGGGCAUGGCUGCUCUGCAGGUAACCUUAGGUGUAUCAACACUUCUAUCAUAUGUGCCUGUUUCACUUGGCACUGCACAUCAGGCAGGGGCUUUGACCCUUUUAACACUCAUGCUCCUGCUCAAUCACACCGUGAGGAGGCCAUCAAUGUCCCUUCUGAAGACGCUGCCUCAGGUUGCAAAGACAUCCUGAUAGCUAUAGAGUCUUCUAAGGAUAUUCGGAAGAUUAGUUGAACACAUCGAUUUGUUAUUCGGUUCUCAUGUUUUGUUUUGCAUCGAUCUCCAAUCUUUUAAGUUCAUGCCUUCAAGGGCGAGUCCAUUUCUGAUUUUGUCACUCUGAGAAGCAAAAUAUGAUUUCUUGCAAGGCAUCUAUUUGUAGCUACCUCAACAACUUAUUUGUAAUUAGGAAGCACUGACACAUUAAUUGAAAAUGGUGGGAGUUGUUUUCUCUG